AUGGUGGCCCGUGCCCGAAGUGCAGCCUUGCUAGCGGCGGCAGUUCUCGCUUGGCCACGUGGCCUGGGUGAUGGCUUUGCAUUGCCUGGUGCUGUUCCAGGCCGUGGCUGCAGUAGACGAUCGUGGAUGGCUUUCACGGGAGUUGUGGCCGAAAUGGGGGUGGAAGCAUCUGCAAAAGCAGAAGAGGAUGGAUCGCCCCUCUUUGUCGUAGAUGAAACGAAUUUGUUAACACCUUCCACCGAAAAGUAUUUGGACCGACUGCUCAAGAAGCUCGAAGACGAUACGGGCUUGAAGCUGCGAGUUAUAUGUCCACCCAGAGAUCUACAAAAUGAUCGAGAUGCCUUUUCAGAUUAUUUGAGACCAAUAAGCAAAAAGCUGGGAACAGAUCAAUCGACCGUGGUGAUUCUUGCAGAGGAACGCUUCCAAAAGCGCACGGGGCGACCCCUACCGUUGAUGACCGUCCAAGUCGGCUUUCGCUUGCAAGAACGCUACCAGUACAGGUUGACGAAUGACUUCCUGUUGAGCGUGGCAGACAAGUAUGGGUUUCCUCCCACCGUGGACAAAGUAGGCCCUGAUCUAGCAAUUCAGGACGCCACCAAAAAUGUGGCAGCGUGUUUGUUUGGUUUGAGUGAUGAUGCGACGAAACGGUUUUUGCGGUUCGUCCCUGAGGAACAGGUCGCCAAGAUUCUUAAAAAACACGGUCUUUGA